UGAUUUUGACUUAAAGGCUUAAACAAGGCUUCAACAUGUCCAGCACUCAGAGAGACAAUGGUUCUGCAAACUCAGCAGAAGCCAAGAAAACAGACCUGAGAAUGAAUGAGAAGAAAUGCUCAUGGGCAUCCUAUAUGACAAACUCUCCAACAGUGAUCGUAAUGAUUGGUCUGCCUGCGAGAGGGAAGACCUACAUGUCAAAGAAACUCACACGUUACCUCAACUGGAUAGGCGUCCCAACCAAAGUGUUUAAUUUGGGUGUGUAUCGCAGAGAGGCCGUCAGAGCUUAUAAGUCCUAUGAUUUCUUCCGCCACGACAAUGAGGAGGCCAUGAAAAUAAGGAAGCAGUGCGCUCUGGUAGCUCUGCAGGAUGUGAAGGCGUACCUGGCGGUGGAGGGAGGUCAGAUUGCAGUUUUUGAUGCCACAAACACAACGAGAGAGCGUAGAGACCUUAUUCAAGGUUUUGUUAAAGAGAAUGCAUUCAAGGUGUUCUUUGUGGAGUCCGUGUGUGACGACCCAGAGGUCAUUGCUGCCAAUAUACUGGAAGUAAAAGUGUCAAGUCCAGAUUACCCAGAGAGGCACAGAGAGAGAGUCAUGGAUGAUUUCCUCAAACGAAUCGAGUGCUACAAGGUUACUUAUCAACCACUAGAUCCUGAUGAUUACGACAAGGACCUGUCUUUUAUCAAGGUGAUGAAUGUGGGCCGGCGUUUUUUGGUGAACCGGGUGCAGGACUACAUCCAGAGCAAGAUUGUCUACUACCUCAUGAACAUCCAUGUGCACUCUCACUCCAUCUACCUGUGUCGGCACGGAGAGAGCAACCACAACAUCGAAGGCCGCAUCGGAGGAGACUCUGAACUGUCUCCUCGCGGGAAGCAGUUUGCACAUGCCCUGCGCAAUUUCAUUGAGGAGCACACUGAGCUAUCAGAUUUGAAAGUAUGGACAAGCCAGCUGAGAAGAACCAUCCAGACAGCGGAGGAGCUUGGCGUUCCUUAUGAGCAGUGGAAGAUACUCAACGAGAUCGAUGCUGGUGUGUGUGAGGAGAUGAGCUAUGACAUGAUCCAAAAGACAUUCCCUGAAGAGUUUGCUUUGAGGGACCAGGACAAAUACCACUAUCGCUACCCGGGGGGAGAGUCUUACCAGGAUCUUGUUCAGCGUUUGGAGCCAGUUAUUAUGGAGUUAGAGCGUCAAGGCAACGUGUUAGUCAUCUGCCACCAGGCUGUGAUGCGCUGUCUGCUUGCUUACUUCCUCGACAAAAGUGCAGAAGAUCUACCUUACAUGAAGUGUCCGCUUCACACAGUGCUCAAACUUACUCCUGUUGCAUAUGGUUGUAAAGUGGAAAUGUUUUAUCUUAAUGUGGAGGCAGUAAACACACAUCGAGACCGACCUCUUGGUAAAAUCACGAUGGACUCUGCUCUCAUACUGCGGCGGAAUAGUUACACUCCCUUGUCCAGUCACGACCAGUUCAAGCGUCCCAGGCUCUACAGCGCGGGCAACCAGCCCUGGUUACCGCUUGCCCCCACCCCAUCGGCUCUGAUGCCAGAGGGACGGCAAAGCCAAGUUAGUGACAGAAUAAUAGGCUCCCUCUCUAAAUCAGUCACUGUCAGCUACAAUCAGUCACCUCCCACCCCAGCUGAGUCCCUGUGCGAAGGAAUCGACUAUGACAGCCCCGAAGAAACUAGUGGCUGUGUCCGCUUCUGA